AUGAGUGGAUUUACAUAAUUCAAAAUAGAAACAACAGAUAAAAGAGUAAAUGCUUACUAACCUAUAAGAAAUGUUCAACAUCAAUAAUAUAUCACGGGUGCUUAAUUAAGGUAAAUUAAUAAUUGAUUUAUUAAGGCCAGAAGAUUAUAGAGUUUAAACUAAUCCAAUAAUGUAAGAGUAAAUUACAAUUAAUGAUUAAGCAUCAUUUUAGAAGAUUAUUAUAGCAAAGGAUAGUGGUAAUUAAAUAGUUUUAAUUAGAAAUUGCAAAUUUAAGAUAAAGUGUAGAUUCCUUAAAUAAAUAAAUUUCUGAUUAUAUAAAUGAAAUAGAUUAAUGGAAAAAUAAGUAUAAAUAAUUAUAAGUUGAAAAAGGGACUAAUAGAAUAACAAAUAUUCAUUAAGGCAAUGAUUUUGAAAUUAAUUAAUACAAAGAUGAGAUUAAUAAGUUAAAAUAAGAAAAUAAAUAAUUAGAAGAAUAAAUUAAAAAGACAGUAUAUGUUUCAUAUUCACCAAAUUACGAAAUUAAUGAAUUAAGAGAUUAAAUUAAAUAAUUAACUUUGGAAAAAGAAGAUCUCAUUAUAUUAAAGAAUUUAUAAACUUAGAAAUUCUAAACCUCUUAAAUAUAAAAUUAAUAAAAUACUAUCAAAUAAUCAAUUGUUUUAGAUUUAGAUCAAUUUAAAAAUGAAAGAGAUGAAUAUAAAAGAAAGAUUUAAUUAUUAGAAGAUAAAAUUUAAGAUUAACAAUAAGAAAUAUAAAGUUUGAAUUUUAAUUGUGAUUAAUAUAUUUAAGAAAUUUAAUAAUCAUCUCUGAGAUCUAUAAAUAAAAAUUAAAAUGUAGAGAUUGAAAAUUAUAUAAAAAGAAUAUCUGCAUUAUAAAAUGAGAUCUUGGUAUGGUAAAAUCGUUACAAAGCUACAUAGACUUAAGAAUAAGGUUAUUCUAUCGAACAAAAAGUUUCACAAAAAGAUAAUUAAAUAAUUUAUUUAUAAGAAAGAAUUAGACAAUUUGAAUUAUAAGUAGAAUAAUUAAAAUUAGAAGCUGAAAAAUCUAAAAAAGAACUAAAUGGAUACAGAAUUAGUUGUGAUAAUAAAAAAUGUGAUACAUAAGAAGUUGAUGCUUUAAAAAGAAAAAUUGCAGAGAUGGAAUAAGAUAUUUAAAUUUUAAUUUAAGAUUUAAAUGAAAGAGAUUAAAGAAUAAGUUCUACAUAAAAUGAAUAUUAAGAGUUUAGAAAUUAAAAUAAAACUUAAUAUUAAUAAGAAUUGAAUUAAUUAAGAUAAGAGAGAGAUAAAUAUCAAUAAGAUUAUGAAAGAUUAUCAAAUGAAUUAAUGAUAAUGUAGAGAUAAAGUGAUUAAUAUAAUAAAAAUAAUAAUUUAGAAUUAGAUUAAUUAAGAUAAAGAAUUAUUGAACUUGAAUAAUAAUUAAGAAAUUCUAAUUAUUAAUAUUAAUUACUUUAAAAUUCAAAUUCUAAUUUAUCAGCUUAAUUAUAAAAUUAAUAAUAAUCAUAACAAUCUUAGUAUCAACAAUAAAGUCUUAAAGAAGAGUAUAAAAAUUUGUAAAAUUAGUAUAUGUAAAUACAAUCAGAGAUAUAUACUUAUAAAGAACUUAUUAAGAAAUAUCAGAAUGACUAAGAAAUGUUAUAUCAAGAAAAUUUGUAAUUAAAAUAAUAAAAAUCACAAAUAGAGAAAAAUACUUAUUAAUUCACAAAUUAACAGAAUGAAUAUUAAACAAUCUAAGAUAGAUGUAGUUGGUAAUAGAAUGAAAUCUAAUAGUUGAAUGAAUAAAUUAGAAAAUAUAGAAAUGACUAUGAGUCUUUAAAUUAAAAUUACAUAUUAUUGGAGAGAGAAAGUGAAAUCAAAUAUUCUUAGUAAAAUAGUAAAGAACUAGAGGUAUUAAAACAAAGGAUUAAUUAAUAUGAAUAACGUGUUUUUUAAUAUGAGUCUUAAAUACAGUAAUUGAGAAUGUAAAUAUAAAAUUAAGAAUCUCAAUUUGAAUAGUCUUACAAAGAACGUUUAAAAGUAGAAUUGUCGUUUGCUGAAUAGAAAUUUAAUCAAUAAGGACGUUUUGAAUUGUAAUCUUUAUAAUAAUAAUAUAAAUCUUUGCAAAAUUAGUAUGAUCAACUAUUGGUCUAAUAUCAAGAAUCAAACAUUGAAUUAAGACAAGUAAAUUAAUUUGAGAGUUAGAAUUUAAGAGAUGAAUUAUAAUCAUUGAGAUAAAUUAACUUAUAAUAUAGUUAAGAAAUUACAAAUUUGAAAGAGCAAAAUUUAAAAUAUAAAAAUGAAUAUGAAUAAAUUAAUCAAAGAAUUAUUCUAAUAUAAAGAGAGAGUGAAUCUUUUAAGAGUAGCUCUAUUGAAUUAGAUAAACUAAGCAGUAAAUUAAAAGAAUUGGAUUAUGAAUUAUAAGCUAAGAAUUAAGAAAAUAAUUAAUUAUAAUUGGAAUUACGAAAUUUAGAUAUGUAAGUUAGAGAUGAAUUAGAAUAAUAGUUUAUAUCUAGAUUAACAGUAGAACGCUAGAAUUUAGAAAAUAGAUUAAUCUAAUAAAACAAAUAAGAACUAAAGUAAUUAUCUUUUCAGUUAUAAUAAUCAUAAAUUGAAUUGAAUUAAUAAAUAUCUAAAUAUUAAAAAUUAGAAUAAUAAUAUAAUUUAACAAAAAUUGAAAUUACAUAAAUAAGAUCUCAAUAAUCAAAUAUCAAUAUUGAACAAUUAAAAAGGUUAUAAAUAACAAAUACAGAAUAUGAACAGGAUAUUCAAACAUUAAAAAUAGAAAUUGAAAGAUAAAAAAAUAUUAAAUAAGAAUAAGAGAAUAAAAUUCAAGUUCUAAUUACAAGUGUAACUGAUUAUGAAUCACGUUUACAUAUUUUAGAAUAAGAAAAUGCAAGAUUAGAGAAUAAAAUCAAAAGAUAGAUCUUUACAGAAAAAUAAAAUGAUUAAAUGAUUGUGAAUUAAUUAGUAGGAUAGUAGAUUUCAGGAAUAAAUAAAUCCAAUCUCUAAGUUGUGGCUAAAUAAUCUGGAAUAAAUUAAGUUUCUUAAAUUCCUUCAUCUUAUAAUUAAUAUACUGAUUGGUUUUAAAAUGAUGUCAAGUCUUCAUAAUUUUCCUAAAAAAUACUAAACCCUUAAACCUAAAUAUCAAAAUAUUUAAGUCCAGAUAAAAAGUAAAAUUAGUUAUUAUAUUUUAAUUAGUUAUUAAACAUAGAGAGUAGUGACAACUAAAAGUGUAAAAUAAGCUAUAAUGUCAUCAGCUAAUUAAGGAUGA